CAACCUGGCCGCCCACUGCCCACUUGAUCAAACAACUUUAACUUUUCCUUUCUAUAUCGCGCGCCGUAGUCCAACGACCAGUAGACGUCGAGUUGUUAAGGUGGCUGUGGAGUGGAAUUCAGUUGUUUAAGCUGUCAAAAAAAGCCAAAAAGGCGAUGUUACCGUUCGAUAUCGCUGGUGUACAAUAAAAAACGAAGACAACCGCGUACACGGUGGAUUUAAAUAAUUUGCGUGCUGUAGGUUCUCGUCGCAGUGGUACUUUAAAUUAUUCAUGUGAUUUAAUUGGUUAGAAGAUUAGACCUGCAGUUUUUUUUUUUAUCAUAAUGAGGAAAAUUAACAACCUAACUGCGAUGUCACUGCACUUAAAUUGUCUGGCUUUACUACUCUGUGUUACUGCCUCCACAGCCAUUGCUACCAUCAUCCCUUCGUCAACGAUUGCACCUGAAGUUGCGUCGGAUGUUCGAGUUCAGUGCAAUAACGAUCAAAUCGUUAUAAACAUCGGCACCAUCUCAGGACGAUUUAAUGGUAUGGUUUAUCCCAGAGGACUGUCCAAAAAUAGUUCUUGUUUGGGCGAAUGGAUCGAAACUAAAACACCCAUUGAAUACACUCUACCUCUUCGAGGCUGUAACACAAUGAGCACUGAUUUGGAUGACGGUGGUAUCGAAUAUUAUAAUACGAUUGUAGUUCAACCUCAUCUUAAACUAGUAACAAAUCAGGGAAGAGGAUUCCACAUACGAUGUCGAUAUAGCACCAGAAACAACACUGUAAUGAACGAUUCGCUAAAAGUAGAUUUAAUGGGAGCUGACCCAAUACAAGCUUUAUCGCCAAUGCCAGGCUGCAAUAUGAAAAUCUUCUCUGGCGACCCGGCGAUGAAAGAAGUUGCAGAAAACGUAAAAAUAGGCGAUCCUCUAACCUUGGUUGUAAAUUUAGACGAACAAGAAACGUAUGGCUUCCUUGUAACCGAUUGCUUGGUUAGGGAUGGAUUGGGAUGGGGAGAACAAAAACUGAUCAGCGAGGACGGGUGUCCAACGGAUCCAGAGAUCAUGGGAAUGUUUAAGUAUUCCCAAGAUAAGUCGAAAGCUUCAGUGGAGUUCCAAGCUCAUAAAUUUCCGUACACAGCAUCAGUUUACUACCAGUGCAAUGUUAAAUUGUGCUUAAAGGCUGAUAAGAGCUGUGAUGUGGAGCCUACCUGUGGAAACAAUAACGGCAACAGGAUUCGUCGUCAAGCUGAAUCAGAUAAGGAAGGAACUCCUGCUAAAAUCGAUGUAUAUACUGGACUUGUAGUUAACGAAGCUAAUGAUCUCGCCAAACCAGAAGAAGAAGACUCUGUAUUUAGUGAAAAGACCUCGGACAGCAUUUGUAUCUCUCAGAAAAGCUUUGCGAUUGGGAUAUGUAUAGCAGGUCUGAUUUUAAUGCUAUGCGUGGUGGCUGCCAUUCUGUGCCUCCUAGCAAAGAGAAGAAAGAAGACAACAUCGCACUCCAGCGGCUCCAUCUAUAGCGGACCCUACACUAAUACAGCUUAUAGCCAUACUAGUUAAAUAGUUUAGACAGUAGUUCCAAAAGCAACAGUUAGAGUUUCUAGCAUUUAUUUUCUACGGAAAGCGUACUUAAUUUAUUUGAAAUCUUUCAAAUGAUUCAUGAACUCUAAUUGAUUGAUAAAAUAUUUCGUCAAUUUUUAGUUAUACUGCCAUGUUCGUUAAAUUCCAAGUUUUUGAGAUAGCUCAAAGUGCCAUAAACUUGGCUGAUAUUGCUCACAUCGUUUUCUGAAUUAUUGAUGUCAGUUUCAUAAUUAAGAAAAGGAUGAUGCUUCUGCUGUACACAUAUACACGUCAUAAGAUACCAAUAACUUAAUAUAUGUUAUGACAUUUUUGAGAAGACUAUUUUUGUGUUCUCAUUACCUCACCUACAGUUGAGUCCGCGAGUCUUUACCCGUGCGUCAUCAUUUAAAGCAUACGAAAUAAGUCGGAAAUCUAUUUCACGCAACAAAAACUGACAGAAAGUGGCUACUGUUCCGAUUACGGGUUUUAUUAUAAAAUUUGACGUUAUCAAAUAAUAUAUAGAAUGUCAAUGUAAGUUUUGCUUCAAAAUUUUUGUGCAGAAUUACAGCUACAUUUGAAGUAGCUUAAUAAAUUAUUUUAUUAUUAUUGAUUAAUAAAUAAAUAAACAAUUUAUAAAAAAAUUCAAUAACAUAUUUUAUUUUUGUUAUUUUAUUCACUUUGACGGAAAUCUAAACACAAUCAUUUCUUUACUGUGUGAAUGACGUUAGCUUUGUAUGUUUUGAAUAUUAAUUGCCAAAAUAUAAUUAUUUACCUUAAAAUUUCAAAGCCCAAUAUAAAAUUAGUUGUGAAAACAACUGUUUGUGUAAUAUAAAGAAACUUCAAAACGCAAAAAUUCGACAAAAACCGCAAAAAAUUAAACUGGCAGCCACAAAAGUAAACAAAGCAGAAACGUCAAACAAAUUGUGCUUAAAAUAUGACAACAUACCGAAUCGUAUUUUUUUGUACCUAUCUCUUUUCAAUGCACUGAGUCUAGAUGGUUCAUAAAAAUAACAUGGGUUUUUACUUAAUAACAAACGGCAGCUGGUUUGUCAUGAGUUUCAUGAGUGGAAGAGAAUGAUGCUAGAUAAAAAGUAUGUGUUUUAUCUCGCCAGGUAUUAAUGACGCACGGCUAAAGACUCGCGGACUCAACUGUACGAUGUUCUAAAUAAUGCCGAAGAAAAUUGAAAACUGCAAUAUUUAAAAGGAAUACUCCUAACUCAAGGCCUAAAAAAAGAAAGCUGUAGAAUUUCGGAAACAAAAAUUCUUAUAUGAUUUUUGAUCACUAGAUCUUCAAGACUUAAUGAGAUUUACAAACGAGUUUACUUAAGGUUUGUUCCAACUCGAUACAAAACCGUUCUUGAACGGUUACGAGUAUGCGCAGUAACAAAAAAGUGUUAUUGCGCAUAAUUAUUCGUUAUUACGCAUGCGCGUAACGAUUCAAGAACGGUUUUGUAUCGAGAAAAUACUAUCAGCAUGAUCAUAAGCCAGCUUGGAUCAUUUUAAAUCUGAGAGUAUUCCUUUAUGUAAAAAUCUAAUUUUUUAAGGAUUUUGAGCAACAAAGCCAAUUGAUAUUUGUGACGUGUAUAUUACAGACUGCUUUGUUUAAGUAAUAGUAAGGUUUAACUACAUAGAACCGUUGUGAUAAUAAAAACACGAGUAAUUACAUAAAUAUCGAUAGAAAAUUUAAGACAAAUCGAAAUUAUAACUCUUAACAGUGAAUUAUAACUUUGCAGGGUAAUGGUGAUGGGAUAAUUAAACGUUAUUAGAAAAAAAAAUGAAACAAAUACCUAAAAAAUUCACACGAGAAUUUGAAUUUUUAGAUAUUUCUUUCUAUACUGUUCAACUGAAUAAACUAAUAGCAUCAAAAGAUCUAUCUAAAUGGAUCCGAGUGUACUAUUAGUUUGUUCUAAAUAUAAGUACACAUUUUUCCUGAAACUUUUUGAUUAGUUCCAGUGAAAAUUAGUUGUAUUUAAAAUAUGUGUAGUUUAGAUUUUCAUAUCGUAAGUUUUAGAUGUUAUUGCAUAAACUGUUUUUGGUUUUGAAUCAUAGGCUCAUUGUUAUAAUGUACAUACUGUACAAUGGGAAUCUGGUUCCUAACCUGUUUGCAAUUUUGCAAAACGAUAUUAAAAAGGUUUUGUAGUAACAUUGUUCUAACAUAAAUAAAAGUAUUUUCAAAAAGG